AUGUCAUCAUCAAGGUCCAAACUACCUCUGCUCAUGUAUGGGAUCCUUCUAUGUAGCUUCUUUGCCCCUCUCCCAGUCAUCAGCAGUAAGAGACAAACCCUGCGGAAUGCCGGGUCGCUGCUUUGGGCCAGCAGCAGCUCUUGGGACAAGAGGGAGGUGACAGCGAGAGAUGGCGAAUACCUGCUGGGGAUAAAGAGACUAAGAAGGCUAUACUGUAAUGUGGGCAUCGGCUUCCACAUUCAGGUUUUACCAAAUGGGAAGAUCACAGGCGUGCAUAAUGAAAACAGAUACAGUCUUCUAGAAAUUUCCCCAGUGGAGAGAGGAGUGGUGACUCUAUUUGGGGUGAGGAGCGGUCUGUUCAUUGCCAUGAGCGACAAAGGGAAACUCUAUGGUUCGGGCCACUACAACGAUGAGUCCAAGUUCAAGGAGAAUCUCCUGGCCAACAACUACAAUGCUUAUGAGUCAGCUGUCUACCCUGGCAUGUAUAUCGGCCUCAGCAAAACUGGCAAAACCAAGAGAGGCAACCGGGUCACGCCCACUAUGACCAUGACACACUUUCUUCCCAGGAUAUGA